UUUUCUUAUUAACAUUACAAUCAUACAAUAUACACUUACAUUAUAAAAUGUGUUAGUUAUAGUAGCUACAAUUAUCCUACUAAUUCUAUUAAUAUACAAUUAGCUAAAUAAAACAAUGAUGAUUCCUCACGAAAAAGACCCUUUUUUUGAAUUGAACUUAAGAGUUGUGUAUUUUUGGUCUUAAUGUGCAUUUUCUUAUCAACCUCCCCUGUUUUAUACUCUGCUUUUUCUUUGUAUAUUAAGCUAUAAUAAGCAUAUGCCAAGCUAAGAAGAUUAACAAGAAAGAAUGGCUGCACCUAAAGCAGAGAAUCUCGGGCCGUUUCCGGUGAAGGAGCAACUUUCCUCAGUUGAUUUUUGCCUCACUAGCAAUCCUCCUUGGCAUGAAGCCGUCAUUCUUGGGUUUCAGCAUUUUUUAGUAAUGCUUGGGACUACAAUUAUGAUAGCAACCAUACUUGUUCCUCAAAUGGGAGGUGGACCGGUAGAGAAGGCUCGUGUGAUACAGACUUUGCUCCUUGUAUCGGGACUGAAUACCCUUUUGCAGACUUUAGUUGGUUGUAGGACAGCAGUAGUCAUAGGAGGUUCAUAUGUAUAUGUAAUUCCUGCUAUCUUCAUAAUCUUUUCUGACCGUUUUGGCAGGAUCAUUGAUCCUCAUGAGAGGUUCGUGCAAUCAAUGAGAGCACUCCAAGGGGCAUUAAUGUUUGCAUCAAUAUUUCCUGUGGUAAUUGGUGUUUUGGGAUUCUGGAGGAUUGUUAUAAGGAUCUUAAGUCCGCUUGCUGCUAUUCCUCUUGUUACUCUAACUGGACUCGGUUUAUUCCAGUUUGGUUUCCCUCAGCUGGCUAAAUGCAUUGGAGUCGGACUUCCAGCUCUCAUUGUCAUGAUUUUUAUCUCCCAGUAUAUGGCUAGCUUGCUGAAACCAUUACAAGCCUUAUGUCGUCGAUAUGCUGUAAUAGCAACAAUUGCCCUUAUCUGGGCUUUUGCUGCAAUCCUGACUGCAGCUGGUGCUUUCAACCGCAACUCCCCUAACACUCAGUUUUACUGUCGCACUGAUCGUUCUGGUCUUAUCAGUGCUGCUUCUUGGAUACGUGUCCCUUAUCCAUUCCAAUGGGGACGUCCAACUUUGAAUGUUGCAAAUGGUUUUGCUGUAAUGGCUGCUGCUUUUGUAUCUAUGGUUGAGUCUACAGGCACAUUUAUUGCAGUAGCAAGAUAUGGCAGUGCCACUCCAAUGCCGCCUUCAAUUGUUAGCCGUGGAAUUGCCUGGCUGGGUGCAGGACACUUUUUGAAUGGCAUGUUUGGAGCAAUUUGUGGCCCAACUGCCUCAGUCGCGAAUGCAGGACUUCUGGGACUCAACCAGAUUGGAAGUCGCAGAGUUGCUCAAAUAGCAGCUUUUUUCAUGCUUCUCUUUUCAAUUUUAGGAAAAUUUGGGGCACUCCUAGCUUCAAUACCUCUACCAAUAUUUGCAGCUCUGUACUGCAUUCUUUUUGCUUAUGUUGUCUCAGCAGGGCUAGGAUUUUUGCAGUUCUGCAACCUGAACAGCUUCAGAACAAAGUUCAUACUAGGAUUCUCGCUUUUCAUGGGCCUUUCAGUGCCACAGUACUUCAAUGAGGUUCUCUUGGUUUCUGGUCACACUCCUGUCAACACGAAAUCUAUGGCAUUCAACAGCAUAGUGCAAGUGAUUUUCACGUCUCCUGCAACAAUUGGAGGCAUCCUGGCAUUGCUCUUGGACAUAACUCUCCACCGUAGCCAUGCUGAUACACGGAAAGACAGUGGUAGGCAUUGGUGGAAAAAGUUCAGAUCCUAUGAGUCAGACACUAGGAGUGAAGAAUUCUAUUCUCUUCCUUGGGGCCUCAACAAAUACUUUCCAUCUGUGUAAUCAGACUGAUGACUAUUAAAUACAAAAUAAGCAAACUGAGGAGAUUAUGGCUUGGAUCUAUGUUUCAUUUUGUGUUCUACAUGAUGAUACUGUGAAGUAUAUCUGUAAAAAAAUUGAUACUGAAUGAAGAUGCAACUAUACAUGAAGGCGACAUAUGAGAAGAUACAUUGUUUUGAGGAAGUCUAAUUACUGACAUAAUUGGCUAAUUUAUACUACAGGUUAACGUUCAUGUUUCCA